AUGUUCGCGCGUGUGACGGAUGGAAAAGAGGUGGAUGUCGAUUCUUUGGUCGUGGAAUUGACCGAUGCGCGCUUUCAAAUCGAUGGCCUUUCGACUAGACAACUCUUGCUCAAAGAUGCAAAGCAUAUACAGGCAGAUAAGAACAGGUCCAUCUUUGCGGCUACUCUUCACUGCGACUUGGGUGAAUUUUUGGCCAAAGAAAAUACCUGGAAGGAAAUCAGUGAAUUCUACAAUUCCGAAGAGUGCAAAAGCGCCGAGAUCUUGCUCCUAAUGGGAACAGUUGCUGACGGUACUAAUCGAGGGUUUGGCUGGUAUGCGCCGAAAAUGGGCGGCGAUUUUUCCGAAAUUUUCACCGCCUGGCAGGAUUCGAUCGGAUCGUGGAAGAUGGGUCCAUAUGAAAAACUCGCGAUGCUACCAGCUGGCGCCGGGGCGAGAACCAUUUCUGGCGCAGAUGGAAAAGUCGUUUCGAGAAAAAAAGCACUGCCAAUUUUUAUUCCCUGGUUCAAUUCUCUUUGA